ACCCGGCCUAGAUAGACUUGUGCCUGCCGGCUCGCUGUUGGUGCCUCGCUCGGGCCCCCGCCACUCCCCCAUCUUUCCUCCACACUCUUGCACCAACGCGUCAUUUCGGCAGGCCCAGGCUGCCCGUGUCAGGCCCCCAGCGAUCCAGGUGAUGGGACCCUGACCCCAGGGCUGGCUAACGGGCGCCCGAUUAUUAGUGUUAUCUCGUCGAGCAGGCGGUCUGUGCUUGCCAAUAUCUCUCGGCAUCACCUGCCCAGAACCGCGCUGAUGCGGCGGUUAUGUCUUGUGAAGAUGGCCGUCGUGUCCGCUUUCUUUUCUCCCUUCUCUCUCUCCGUCUCUGCUGCCGGCCACGCAUUUUGAGCUUCCGCCUGCUCCUGUCAGCGCCAUGGCACCCCCUACGGUACCAUCUACGGCACCCAACGAAGAACCUCAGAUGCAGACGCCAACGCCGCAUGCGGACCAGCCUGCCACCGCACUCAAUGACCCCGAUCCUCUUACCACUCCCGUAGUCCUGGGCCAGGAAUUCACGGACCAUGUCAUCGCCUCCAUCGGGCCUGGCACCUCGCCUCGUCUACGCGAGGUGAUGGCUGCCCUCGUGCGCCACGUCCACGACUUUGCUCGCGAGAUCCGUCUGACCCAGGACGAGUGGCUCGCCGCCGUUGACUUAAUUAACCGUGCCGGACGCAUGAGUGAUGGCAAGCGCAACGAGGGCCAGCUGCUGUGCGACAUUAUCGGCUUGGAAUCCCUCGUCGACAACAUGGCCUACCAGUCCGCCACGGCAGCAGGUUUGACCGGCCCCACCGAGUCGGCCAUCCUCGGCCCCUUUUGGAGAGCUGACGCCCCGGCCCGGCCCAACGGCAGCAGCAUAACAUUCGACACCCCAGCGGAUGGCACCGUCGUCUUCAUGCAUGGCGUGGUGUCUUGCUCCAAGACGGGGAAGCCCAUACCCGGUGCCUCCGUCGAAUCCUGGCAGGCGUCAACCAACGGACUAUACGAGCAGCAGGACCCGAAUCAAAGGGACCACAACCUGCGCGGUGUUUUCACCACCGACAAGCAAGGUCGCUACUCGUUCUACUGCCUCAGACCGACUCCCUAUCCGAUUCCCGACGACGGGCCUGCUGGCGAACUGCUGAAAGUGCUCGACCGGCACCCAUGGCGUCCCGCCCAUAUCCACCUCCUUGUCCAAGCCGGGGGAUUCAAGCCCAUCACGACGCAGAUAUUCGACGAGGAAUCUGAUUACCUAGACGACGACGCAGUAUUUGCCGUCAAGGAUGGGCUGACUGUGCAGUUCAAGGAAAGACACGACGAUGCUCAAGCCGAACUCGAGCUUGAAUACAACAUAAGGCUGGCGCCACUCGGCAUAGAUGUCUAGCUGCACCAGCAACGCUUAUUGUUGUGUGGUGUGUAAGAUGGAGGAUUAUAGAGCACGCCGUGACGCACGGGAGAAUGUUCUUUGUAAAAUUGCGGAAGAUUUUGCGUUUAAUCACUUAGCUAAGGGUGUCCGAGCACUCUCGAGAGUUGCAGAGUAUUGCAAUUUUGAUCAUUUCGACAUACGAAGCUUGCCUUGUCAAAAAAAAAAAAACC